CAGCUGUCUGUUUGCCACCGCGUCAUGAGGACGGGGCGAGCGUUUCCUUCCCCCGGCGCAUGCGCUCUGGGCUGCGGAAGCUUUCUUUUUUUUAAGUGUCACACACGCGAAGAGAAAACGUCGAGAGGAGCGCAGCUUCUGGGAUUGUGGCAGCGACAGUAAACCCGGAAGAGUUUUGUUUUCUGCCCUGGUAAAGCUAUAAGCGCAUGACAAUCCGGUGGCAUGUGUGCGUCAAUGGUUGCAGUGUGCAGAACACUUUGCAGAUCCUCUAAACAUCACCUGAGAAUGAAGUUUCCACAGGGAUCGGUGAGAUCCACCAGAGACUGCUCUCAGGCUGAAAACAGCUGGAAUCCUCUGAGAUGGGAUCUUUCCCCAGACGAGAUCAGGACCGUCACAGACACCUUGAUAGCCAGAGUGAAGAAGGUCUACGACGAUGUCGGAUCUCUGCACACAGAAACCGUCUCUGCUGAAAACACGCUGGAAGCCCUGGCUAACGCUAAGCUGGACUACGCAUCAUCCCGCCACGUUCUUGACUUCCCUCAGUAUGUCUGUCCCAACAAGGAGGUUCGAUCGGCGAGCACAGAGGCAGACAAGAAACUAUCUGAAUUUGACGUGGAGAUUAGCAUGAGGGAAUACGUGUUCAAGCGUAUGAUGGCCUUGCAGAAAAAGUUUCAAGACAAUCCUUCAACUGAAGAAAAGAGAUUCUUAGACAGACUGGUUACACUGGGCCAGAGGAAAGGACUGCAUCUGUCUAAAGAGAUACAGCAGGAAGUAAAAAAAACCUCCAAGCUUAUCAGUGACCUCUCCAUAGAAUUCAACAGGAAUCUGAAUGAGGACAAUACAUUUCUUGUUUUUUCCGAGCAUGAACUGGGAGGCCUCGCUGAAAUCUAUCUCAAUGGUCUGGAGAGGACAGCAGAGGGGAAGUACAAGGUGACGCUGGAAUAUCCCCACUACCACCCCCUGAUGAAGAGGUGCCACAAUCCUGAGACCCGGAGGAAGAUGGAAACAGCUUUCCACAGCAGGUGUAAACAGGUGAACACGGCGAUUCUUGAACAGCUAAUCCAACUAAGGGCAAAGGUGGCAGACUUACUUGGUUACAGCAGCCAUGCAAACUAUGUGCUGGAGAUUAACAUGGCUAAACACGCAGGCAAUGUGUCCGGCUUUAUAGAUGCAUUCUACGACAGACUAAAACCCAUUGGAAUCAAGGAGAGAAAGUACAUCCUAGCACUGAAGAAGAGGGAAUGCUUGAUGAAGGGCUUCCAGUUUGAUGGGCAGAUCAAUGCCUGGGACUUGCCCUACUACAUGAACCAAGUGGAGCAGUGCAAGUUUGCUGUCAACAAAGACAAACUGAUUGAGUAUUUUCCCCUGGCGGUGGUGACAGAAGGGCUGUUUGGUAUCUACGAGGAGCUGCUGGGCCUCACCUUUGAAGAGGUCAAGGGCGCUCACGUUUGGCACGAAGAUGUCAAGCUUUACUCAGCCCACGACUCCGAGACGGGGGAGGAGAUUGGACAGUUCUACCUGGACUUGCACCCAAGGGAAGGGAAGUAUGGCCAUGCUGCUUGCUUUGGCCUCCUGCCAGGAUGCAGAGGACCUGAUGGAAAACGCAGGCUUCCGGUGGCUGCUAUGGUGGCUAACUUUACAAAGCCGAGAAAAGGCUGGCCCUCACUCCUCCAACACCAUGAAGUGGAGACAUAUUUUCACGAGUUUGGCCACGUGAUGCAUGAGCUCUGCUCUAAGACCACGUUUUCAGAAUUCAGUGGUACUCAGGUGGAAACAGACUUUGUGGAAGUGCCGUCCCAGAUGCUGGAGAACUGGGUUUGGGAGAAGGAGCCACUAAGAAGGAUGUCAAGCCACUACAAGGAUGGGACACCGGUCCCAGAUGAUUUGCUCGACAAACUGAUUGCAUCCAGAGUAGCGAACACAGGUCUGAUGAACCUGCGGCAGGUUGUCCUCAGUAAGGUGGACCAGUCCCUUCACUCCUGUCCAAGUGCAGAUACAGCUCAGGUGUUUGCACAGCACUGCCAGGACAUCCUCGGUAUUCCUGCUACACCUGGCACCAAUAUGACAGCCAGUUUCAGCCACUUGGCCGGAGGAUACGAUGGUCAGUACUACAGCUAUCUGUGGAGCGAAGUUUACUCAAUGGACAUUUUUUUCAGUCGUUUUAAAAAGGAAGGCAUUAUGAACCCAAAGGUUGGGAAAGAGUACAGGAGGGUGAUACUAGAAACUGGAGGCGCGGUGGAUGGGAUGGACAUGCUGAAAAGCUUCCUUGGACGUGAGCCAUGCCAGGACGCUUUCUUUCAGUGCAAAGGACUGACUGAUACGAAAACAUCAUAAGUAGAAUCAUUUUUGAAAUGUAAAAUUAACAUAAAAUACAUUGG